AUCUUUUCUUAAAGACCUCCAAUGAUGGAGGAGGGAGGGGGGGUAGGAAGGAAGGAUGAAUAGAGUAUGAGGAAGGAAGGAAGGAAGGAAGGGAGGAAGGAUAACAGAGUUGGGAGGGACCACAGAGGUCUUCUAGUCCAACCCCCUCCUCAGACAGGAAACCCUGAUGCCAUUUCAGACAUAUGGUUUUCCAGUCUCUUCUUAAAAACCUCCAGUAUUGGAGGACCCACAACUUUUGGAGGCUAGUUUUGGAGACCUUUAAAGGUACCCUCCUCUUCCUUCUAAGGAUUGAUAAAUGAACCACAGAAACGUCCUGAAGAGGUUGAUGAGAUGAAGAGUUGGGGGACCCAGAAUCUCACUUUUAAACAAACUUGGUCCAUUUAGAUCCAGGAAGCCCAAUCUUGUACUCAGAGGUUUCAUCAAUGUCCUGAUUAAGAAGGCAUGCAUGCCAUUAUGCAUAUCUUUUCUUUUAUGUACACCGAGAGCGUAUGCACCAAGACAAAUUCCUUGUGUGUUCAAUCAGUCCUGCAGUCGUUCUUCAUAUGUUUUAGUCUCCAGGCCUUUGGUCAUCUUGGCUGCCAUCAUUCUGCUAAACAAAUAAUUCCCUCAACACUGUCAAACUAUUUGCUAAGUCUUGCACAACUAUUAAUUUUCUCAUUGUUCCCACCACCCAUCUCCUUCCACUUUUGACUGUAAUUUUGUUGCUUGUAUCCUUACAAUCUAUAUUGAUAUUGUUUCCUGAUUGCUUAUUUGUACCCUAUGACUGUCAUUAAGUGUUGUACCUUAUGAUUCUUGAUAAAUGUAUCUUUUUUUAUAUAUACACUGAGAGCAUAGGCACCAAGACAAAUUCCUUGUGUGUCCAAUCACACUUGGUCAAUAAAAAAAAUUCUAUUCUAUUCUAUUCUAUUUUCUUUUCUUUUCUAUUCUAUUCUUAAUCUGCAUUUUAUUCUAUUCUUAUUCUACAUUCUAUUGAAUACUAUUCUAUUCUAUUCUAUUCUAUUCUAUUCUAUUCUACUCUACUCUACUCUACUCUACUCUACUCUACUCUACUCUACUCUACUCUACUCUACUCUACUCUAUUCUAUUCUAAAUUAAAUUAAUUACUGUUUAAGAUGUCUCAAAGGUGCUUUUUUUUUCCCCAAGAGGCAACAGGACAUUCUGGUUUUUCUUUGACAUUUCGCUUCUCAUCCAAGAAGUUUCUUCAGCUCUGAUUGGAUGGUGGAGCUUCUUGGAUGAGAAUUGAAAUGUCUUCAAAGAAAAACCAGAAAGUCCAGUUGCCUCUUGAAAAAAAACAACAACCAUGGAACAACCAUGACCAGCAAGCAGAAAGAAGUGCUACAGAUUUCUUUUCUGCUGUAGGAUGAUUUUCCAUUGAUUUGAAAGAGACGGCUAUUGGCAUGAUUAGUGGUGACUUUGUUGUGUUGUUGACAGGAAGGUCUCUUUUCUCUCUUCCAUCCUUAAAGCAGGGAGAAACGGGGUAAAGAUCUACUAAUAGGUGACUCUGUUUCUCUCACACACUUUACACUGCUCAGUUCUUUGCAAUAAAUCUUUCUUCUCAACUGUACAAAUGAGACUGGAAAACUACAGUCAAAACUUGCCAUUCCUGGAAUUUCCUGAUGCACUUUACUUUUAGUGGUUUGGACCAUCCCCGAAGUGAUUCGGAACUGAGGAGGCUCUGAAAACAAGUGAUUGAUGUCCCUUUCUGAACGCUGGUAAUAAGGAGAAGUGCAUUCUUCAGAUUAUUUAUACAGGUGCAGCAAUGGAUCUUAUCCUGGAUUAUGCAGAUAGUUAUAUUUUGACACCUUAUGUUUAUCCAGCAACCUGUCCAGAAGACAAUGCUUUCCGGCAGAUUAUCAGUCUCUUUGUUAUAACAAACCUGGGGGCAAUUGUGAUAUAUUUUCUGUUUGCCACUCUCGGCUACUAUCUGCUUUUUGAUCACAAGUUAAAGAAGCACCCCCAGUUUUUAGAGAAUCAAGUGCAGCGGGAAAUAAAGCAUGCAGUCUCGUCUGUGCCAUUGAUGAGCAUUCCCACCGUGGUCAUCUUCUUUGCUGAGGUCAGAGGCUACAGCAAACUCUACAGUAACAUUGGGGAUUCUCCCUACGGAUGGUUUGGCGUGGUGUUCAGCAUGUUUUCAUUUCUGUUCUUCACCGAUAUGUGCAUUUACUGGAUUCAUCGGUUUCUCCACCACAAGAUCUUAUAUAAGCGUUUCCACAAGCCCCAUCACACGUGGAAGGUCACGACUCCGUUUGCCAGCCAUGCUUUUCACCCCGUGGACGGUUUCCUUCAGAGCGUCCCUUAUCACGUCUACCCGUUCCUUUUUCCUCUUCACAAAGUGACCUAUUUGGGCCUCUAUGUCUUCGUCAACAUCUGGUCAGUCUCCAUUCACGACGGAGACUGUCGCAUUCCCAAUCUGCUGAAACCCAUCAUCAACGGAGCUGCCCAUCACACGGACCAUCACUUGUACUUCGAUUACAAUUACGGCCAAUACUUCACCCUCUGGGAUAGAAUCGGGGGCUCCUACAAAAACCCCUCUUCUUUUGAAGGUCAGGGGCCCCAUGCAUAUUUGAAGAAGCUGGCAAACGGCCACGAGAAUAAGAAACUACCAGGAGGCCAUGAAACGAAAAAUAAAUAGCAAUCCCUCCCAACUGGAAGGAUAUGGAACCUCUAUGCCUUAUGAAGUGUGUAGGAUGAAAGUGUCAACCCUUUCUCCAUCCAUUAGCUUUCAAAAUGGAGAUAUUUGGAACCUAACAUUCCAGGAUGAGAAGACAGAAAGAAGAUGUGGAUUCACAACAGAGCAGUCUCUGGGAUGUUGAACAGGAGAAAGCAUCCAUGAAUUUCCCUGUUGCCAUUAGAAUGAAUCAGGAAGCGGUCAGUCCAGCUCUGAAGUCCAUCCUCGGCAGAUGUUCGAGGGCAACUUUCAGCCACACCUUGUAAGUUGUUGCUGUGCAGUCAGUUAUGAAUGUCUACUGUUUAACACUAGUAUGUUGAAUAAGGGUUUGGGUUUGGUGCAGACAAAUGGAGUCCUUCAUUGUUUCCAUUGUGUAAUUACACUCCUAAAAUACAUAUUACAAUGCACUUUAGUCUUGUCUUAACAGAGUAAUAGGCGGGAGGAAUUUCUGAAGGACACCUUCACAGCAAUUACAAAAUGAUGUGAUGUAUGUCAGAACAUCAACAUCCAAAGGACGCCAAGUUGCAUCAGAACACGGAAAGUCCAAGGUUUAGACCAACUUUUCCCAACGUUGCCAAAUUUAAGAUGUGUGGACUUCAACUCCUAAAAUUCCCCAGCCAGCAUACUGUUGACAAGAUUGAGAAACAGUGGUCUAGAAUAUCAAGGUUCCGUUGAAUGACCUGUGAGAUAAGGAGAGCUGUCAUGCUAAGCAUGAUAAAUAAAAUAAAAUAUGUUAAUCUGAAGCAAGGCAGGAAUAAAGCACAGGAACGUAGCUUAUUACUCCUUCAAAGCCUCUGUUUUGCAAAGGAAUCUGCAUUUAUGUGUGUUUCUAAUUCAUUUCGUAACCAGUAAAUUUCAAACAUCUGUGGGGAGGUUUUUAGCAACAGGAAUAUGAUUAUGAUUUUAAUCAUACUAUAGAUCUGGGUCAUCCAACUUGAGUUACCUGCUGCCAAGAUUGGAUACCUCUGCUGUAGACUUGAGUUACCUUUGUGGAGGUAGAUGCCUUUUGGAAUCUUCCAUUAUUGUACUUUUUUUCUUUUUUUUAGAGCUGUACUUUAUAUGUGCUAUUGCUUUGCUCACAAGGUUCCAUCUACCAAUCUAAAUUUAUUUCAGUGAGGCUUCUCUUAAAAAACCACAUUACUUGGAUGCACUAAAUCAGGGGUGGGAAAAUAUGGCCCCUUUAUGAUCUGUGGACUUCAACUCCCAGAAUUCCUGAGCCAGCUUGGCUGUCUCAGGAAUUCUGGGAGUUGAAGUCCACAGGUUGUAAAAGGGCCACAGUUGCUCACUCCUGCACUAAAUAGCGCUGCUGGCUAGUCAUUAUGGGAGUUGGAGUCCAACACAGAAACAGAUGGAAGAAGGGUAUUCUAAAUCAUGGGUGUUAAACCAGCGGCAUCACAUUGCCGUCACGUGAUGUAUCGCGACACUUAUGCCCCUUUGUGGAGCUGGGGUAGGCGUGGCUGGCACGUGACGCAUCUGAUCUGCAAGUUUGACACCCCUGUUAAAUCAUUGCCUUGACUUUUCUCCUCUUCAACAUAUAUUACUUCAAACACUAAAAUCAUCCCCUCCGACAAACAAACCUUUGUCAGAGUUAAAAUGAUUUACUCUGAUAAAAAAUGAAAAUAAUUCAGGAGAUAAUGUGAAAAAAAAAAAUCCUGAUUGGUUUUUUUACUGUAUGUAGGAUAUCGUUUCAUACCCCUUCCCCACAAAGAGAAUUGUCUUCUCUUUAAUAAUGUUUUUAAAAGAUCAAAGGUUAUGAAGUGUAGUUAUUAAGUGCCCGAAAUCAGUGUUUGCAAAUUUUAAAAAGUGAAGAUGGUAUAUCUAUUUAUAUACGUGUAUAUUGUAUAGUAGAUUUAUUUAGUGUAUCGGUUCUGAUGUUUUCUGGUGAUAAAAUAAUUAAAACAAUUUUUUUUCUGUGGAUAGAUUUUAAUAAAACGGGCAGUUUGAUGUAGUGCAGAGGGAUCCAACCUUUAAGAUCUGUAGACUUCAAUUUUGGGAGUUGAAGUCCACAGGUCUUAAAGUUGCUAUGGUUGGACACCCCUAGUGUAGGGGUUAAGGCAUUCAGCUAGGGACUGGAAGUUCUAGUCCUGCCUUUGGCACAAAGCCACUGGAUAUCUUGGGCCAGUCAGUUUCUCUUAACCCUAAGAAGGAGGCAAUAGCGCAAACCACUUGCCAAGGAAACUUGUGGGACUUGUCCAGGCAGUUUCUAAAGAAUCAGACUCGAUUGAAUGGAAUGGGGAAAAAAACAUUAAUAACCGUAAAACCAGCAUCUCAGCUACAUCUAACAAGCCUCACCCAUCCGAGUUUGUUUGUCCAGUCAAAUUCUGCUCUUUGGUGUGAUAUUGCAGCUGCCUGCGUUCGGGAUAUUAUUUUUCAAUUUUUCCACCUAGUCUACGAGGCUAAGAUUUCCUUUGGCGUUCCCAUUUCAAGUGACGCGCCUGAUCCUGCUUAGCUUCCACAGCUACAGCAAAUCAACUAAAUGGAGUCACCUUCCAGCCAGAAUUACUUACAGGGUCUCCAGAUUGGUGUUUCUUAGCUUUAAGCCGUGAAGACUUCAGCUCCCAGAAUUCCUUGUGCUGACUUGGGAAUUCUGGGAGUUGAAGUGUACACAUCUUAAAGUUCUUUGAGGUUGAGAGAAACUGAUCUAGGAACUUGUACCUCUCAUUAUCGAGUGUGCAUAAUGUUCUGUAAGGAAUUUUUAGCAAAAUGCGGUGCCUUGUCACGCAUAGCUGAAGCUUUAUGGAUUGUAACCGAAAUUUGGGAGAGCUUUGGCAUAAAUUUCUCCUUCCAAACCUCUCACUGUAUCAUUGCAGAGCCUGCUGGCUAUUAUAUUUACCAAUUCAUUAUAUUUCUUAAAAUAUACACAUUUAACCCAAAAAAAAAAAAUGAAAAAAUUAUUGAACUCUAUUGGCACAAGUGUAGAAAAAUUAAAUGGUGAGUGGGUUCCCAAUUUGUUUUAAAAGUCGUAACAAUUUGAUUUUGGGAGUUCGAUUUUGGAGUUGUUUUAUUAAUAAACAUCACAUGGUUUGUUUCAGGAAUUAAAGCCAAAUCCAUCGUAAUUGUUUUUUGUUUUUAGAACCAUUGUGUGCAAACUCUUAAUUCUGCAGAAUUUGCACAGGACUAUUUUGAAAUAAAUCAAUGUUUAUUUUGGAAGAGUUACUAAGUGUUAAUAAGUUAAUAAGAGUUACUUAUUUUGGUUUUGGGCUGACCUUGGGAUGAAUCUGUUCACUGGGGCUUAAAAAUCCUGAUUUUAUAGCUUCGUACCUUAUAUGACUCAAGAUGCAUUUCUGCAAGUUGUAAGGAUUUGAUGACAGGCACAAAAUAAAAAAUAGGAUACUU